AUGACUCUCUAUGAGUACACGUCGCGCUUCAUUCCAGAGCUGGCUCUCCUAGGCUACACAGAUGUAGCAGCGCGCCUGAUAGGCAGACUCAACAACUAUGAUUUCUACCACGAUCGACUCGGAAGCCUUCGGCCCCUUUGGUUCCUCUGGGAUUUGCGUGCGAAGGAAGAUGGUGUGCCAUGGCCGGAGGGAGAAGAAGAUAAAGUGCGCCAGGCUGUGAGGGACAGACGAGCCAAGACUAGCAGCGACGAUUCUCGAACGAGGAACGACGAGACAGUAACACCAGAGGACUUACAAGAAGAGCUGAAACUUAUGGCGAAGGAGUUCGCGUCGAAAUGUUAUGACCCGACUGGAAUGCUAGGUCCGGCUAAAGCACUCCACACCUAUCCGCUUGAUGACCCACGCCUUACUCCUCGAAUGCUUCGAAAGGCGAUAAAUUCCAUCCAUCACUUUCAGACCGGGCGUCUGGCAUCUAAUAUGCGAGACGUGAGAAGCGGGCUGGUGAACAUGCUGGACCUGGUCUUAUCGGCUGAAGCAAACCAUGAACAGCCCGGGAUGGACGAAGCACUACUUCUGUCGGGCACCCCGCCAUCCCAUGAGUUAUUACGCUGGCUAGCGCACAGUUUGGGAGAACGUUCCUACGAGACUCAGCCGGCGAUGGAGUCCAGGCAGGCAUGGAAGUUGUAUAAAAGCGGAGCGCUGAGACAGCAGCUCAACAUCGAUGAAGCAGCGCUCGCAGCCUUCGCAAAAGACUUCGAGAACGCUUUGAACGAUCGACUCACGAACGGUCGAACUAGAACGAGAGCAGAUAUUUCCAUGCAGGAACUCUUGAAAGCGACAGAAUACAACACGAAAUACAACGCCGAGGCCAGAAAAGUUAAUCCUGAGCCCCCCGAAACCUCCCUCUUCCAAUCCCCAGCCACCGACUCGCAGAUUAAAGAAGCCGAAGCCAGUCUCAACACCACCUUGCCAGCCGACUACAAGACCUUCCUCCGCCUCAGCAACGGCUUUGGUUCUCCAUGGGGCCACCCGCUAGGCGACCUCCAAACACCUCUUCACCCCGUCGACAAACUACGCUGGCUCGACCCCGCAGAAGAAGACUACUUCACUAAUCUCACGCUCGACCUGCCCACUCGAUGGGAUAAAUGGCCUUUCGCACCCCCUCCAACUAAGAAGGCCUAUGCUUGCGACGAAGUAACAGAGCAUUUCCUCAUCGGUCGCGCAUUGGAGAUCGGUACGCAGGAGAUUGACAACACAUGGCUUCUCCCGCCUUCUACCAUCACGCCGAUAAAGCGGGCGGUGAAGAAGAUGCUGGACGACGAAACACUGGGUGAACGCGAAAAGAACAGUGUAAGAGCUGCAAUCAAGGAUUUUGCGGGUAGCGAAGAGGAGUGGGAGCAGAUGAAGUGGGCGUGUGUUACUUGGGCUAGUGGAGGGGUGGCGGCUAUGUAUGUUUAUCCGAGUUUUAGGGCGUGGCUUGAGGAUGUUGUUGAGAAGGGGAGGGUUGGUCUGGAUGCUGAGGAGGGAGAAGAGGAAGAGAAGAUGUUGAAAAGAGGUAUGUGGUUGGGGAGAGUGUUUCAGAAUAAGAAAAGCGCGGACGAGUCGGACGCGGAAGAGCUGCCGGGGUGGCUAAAAGACGCGAUUAAGGCGGCAAUGCCAACAAGAAGAUGA